ACCAAGCCCGGAUAUACACUAUUACACUGACCCAGCAACAACACACCCCACGACCACAAUCCUUCAAUUACAUCCCGCAAACCCCUUACAAGUGUCUCACGUCAGUCAAAUAAAAUGGAUGUUUCCAACAACCGUCUAUUCCGAUGGUCCAAACCCGAAUGGCUCAACAACGCUGCCGUCCGCAACGCAGGCGUCUAUACCUCGGGCGCACUUUUCUCCCUAGGCUUCUUCUUCCUCAUCGACGCGGCGGCCUUCUCGCACAGCGCUCGCAAUGGGUCCGCCGUGCACGUGAAAUUCGUCGACUGGAUCCCCGGCAUCUGCUCCGCGCUGGGUAUGCUGGUGAUCAAUUCGAUCGAGAAGUCGCGGCUGCAUGCCGAUAGCUUCAGUUACAGUGGGAGUGGGGUUGCGUGGAAGGCGCGAUUUGUGCUGUUCUUGGGGUUUGCGUUGUUGGCUGGUGGGUUGGCGGGCAGUGUGACGGUCAUGGUCCUCAAGUAUCUGAUCAAGUCGUAUCCGUUUCCGACCCUGUAUUUCGGGAUUGCGAAUGUGAUUGCUAACGGGCUGGUUAUGAUGAGUUCGGUGGUGCUUUGGAUUUCGCAGAACAUUGAGGAUGAUUAUACUUAUAAUUUGGCUUUGUGAGUCGGAUCAGGGGGUGAACGAGGGUAUCAUGUGGGUUGGGGAUGAGCGGUUGGGAGCGUUUUACUGCUGAUGGAGGUUAUGAUUUGCGGGUCGAGGAGUGAAGCCAUGUUCUUAUGUGUGUGUUUAUCGGCGUUGCUGUUAUCCGUUGGUCGACUCUGCAUCUGUGGGCUUAUUUUGUUUGUCUGGGCUUGGUUUAGCCUGUUAUGUUGCGUGUGGAUUAUCUAUGCGAUAUUGUUUUCGAAUGGUUUUUUCUAGCAGUGCUUGCGGCUUGAGGCUUACAGUUACAGCUGGGCGGACAAUCGAGGCAUUUUCGUGGAAACACAUGUCAUAGCGAGAAUGUGCUGUACGUAGGUUGGGGUGAUUGUUGCCUACUGUAUCAUCCAAGGCUGCCGCGUCCUUCAUCAUAACAAUGUAUGUAUACGCGUUGCCAAGAAGACGAAACCCACGCAUGGAC